AUGAGCGCGGAGGAACGGGAACGGUUGACGAGCGAGGUGAUGCGGUACGUGCUGUUCGCGUCGCAUCAAAAUCGAGGCGCGCCGGUGCUGCGAAGCAAGAUCGGGGAGGCGAUGAGCGCGAUCGGGGGGGCGGGAACGAAGAAGGGGGCGGGAUCGUACAUCGUGGCGCUGGCGCAAAAGAAAUUUUUGGAUAUUUUUGGGUUUGAAAUGAUAGAGCUCUCGCGGGCGCAAAGUCGGAAUAAGAGACCGGCCAAGACGGUGAACGAAUCGCAAGCGGCUUCGGCGAAGUGCUACGCGUUGCGAAGCGUUCUUCCGGCGCAGAUGCGAAGGAAAUUCGUGGACGAUCCGUCGGCGACGGCGGCGCGCGGAUUCGCCAUCGUCGUCGCCGCGCUCGUGCAAAUCUCAAACGGUUGCAUUCGCGAGGAAACGCUGUUCGAGCAACUCGCCCAGCUCGGCGUGGUGUCGGGUGAGCAUCUCAGCGAAAAUCACGCCGAACUUGGCGAUGUGCGUGCAUUAAUGGCGCUGCUCGUAAAGCGACGCAUCUUCAUGCGCGAGCACUCGAGUUACGACGAUCCGACGAUGGGGUACUCCUACGAGCUCGCCGAAGGUGCGGAAGCCAUCAUCGGCUACGAAAACAUCGAUAAAUUCAUCAACGAGUCCAUGCGCUCGCAAAUUGCGACGGUUUAG